AUGACAAGGGUUAAAACAAGCAGCACAGCAAGUCUGCCGGGCACGUGAUGAUCCCAGCGCCGCCAUGAACAUUCUUCGUAAGAACUUCCAUUAAGCACCGCGUUGAAGCUCGAGGUGAUCAUGGGUCCCUGGAAGCUAAAGAAUUCCAAGUACACAGUUCUGAUUGUUCUUAUAUUCUCAUAUCCGUAGCUAGCAACAUAUAAACUCACGAUCAACUUGCGAUUAUGCAGGUUGCGCCUCCUCAACUUCCCUUCUUCAACUUCUACAACUGACACUCUCACAUCCUGAACCAUAUUGGCAUUAAUGGCCAAUAUAGCAGCUCGGACAAUCAUAGGUGCAGCGCAGACAGCUGCUCAAUUUGCUCCAGUGCCAUGGCUCGCACCCGCUGCGGGCGUAUUGGUCGCAUUGAUCAACAUGCUCGCAACAGCAGAAGCUAAUAAAAAUGGGAUCGUUCUACUCCAAGAUCGCUGCUUGAGUCUCAUGUCUGUCAUCAACAACGAGGGGCAGAAUUUAACCCCGGAUCAUCAGGAUAGGUUGUGUUCGGGUGCCCACCACACCCUUCAAAGUAUUCUGGACAGAAUGGAGCCGUGGUGCUCCAUGUCCAGGGUCAAGCUGUUCGUCAAACAAGACGAGCUGGCUGGUACCAUCCAGCAAUGUCACGCAGAUAUUUCAGAUUGCUUGGUCAAACUACAGGUCGCCUCUCACAUGUCCAUUCAUACAUGGCAGACAAACUUUGAGUUGAGCCGUACACGAGACAAGGAAGACAUCGUGCAGUAUCUGGGCGACAUCAGGAACCAGCAGGAGCUCAUGCAAGUCGCACAGAUGAAGCAGGCUGCAGAUCUGAAUCAGAUCAUGAAAUUGAUGCAAAGGAAUCUUCCGGGUCAGAUUCCAACCACAGAUCGUGGUCUGGAAAGCAACCUGUACCACAUACAACAUUCGUCUCAGUUACUUUUACCGAACAUGAACCUUAAACGCAAUGAAGUGAAACGCAUCGGGCAAUAUGCUGUCAAGGGAACGGGAUCAGCAGAUAUAUGGGAAGGCCUCUAUUUGAACGAGGAAAAGGUAGCCAUCAAAAUCCUACGGGCUGUUCACUGCGAGCCUCAAACGCUUCGGAGGUUCAAGAGAGAGGUGGAGAUCUGGAAACGUGUGUGGGAAGCCGACCGCGGGGAGCAUAUCCUUCCUUUCUAUGGUUUCUGUCAAAAUGACGGGCCUUUCCCGUAUGUCGUAAGUCCAUGGAUGGUCAAUGGCACAGUGGACGAGUAUAUAAAAAAGUACCCCACCGUAGAUCAUUAUGCUCUGAUUAAAGGCAUUUGCGAGGGUGUGGAUGUUCUGCACAGCAUGACACCCCCGAUCGUGCACGGUGACCUCAAAGCGUCCAACAUCGUUGUCGAUGCCAGCGGGAACCCCCUGCUGGCCGAUUUCGGCUUUGCCAAGGUCCUGGAAGAUGUCACGGGUGUAAAUUUUACGAUGUCUGCUGGAGUUUCAAAUUCCCAGAGAUGGCUUGCGCCAGAGCUCUGCUGUGACGGCGGUAUGCUUACCACCCAAUCUGACAUAUUUGCAUAUGGCAUGACUAUACUCGAGGUUAUGACCCAUCAAGUACCAUGGUACAACAUCCGCCACACAACACAUGUUAUCAUCAAACUUUCUAGGGGGGAGAUGCCUCCACGUCCUAGUGAUCCUGCGGCCACCGAGAGGGGUUUGGAUGACCGUCUAUGGGAGUUGGUCAAGGGCUGCUGGUCGGCCCCUGAGAGGAGACCUUCGACGAGAGAUAUCCUUACUUUCCUUGGAUAACAACAAAUCUUGCUAUAUUUCGCUACAUCCAUAUUGCUGUCGUCCAUGCUGUUGAAUCGCAUAUCUCACUGUUCAAUUUCCAUCGUCUCAAGUAGAGCUGUAAGUGUAACGUCUCGCUUUCUCAGCUGCACCCUCCCAUGUAAUAUUAUCCAAUACAUCCCUAGCCAAAUCCCGCGGCCUCCGCAGAUAUUGAAAU